UCAUGUAUUUACAAAUAUGUUUCUAGUAAAUAGCAAGUGAAGUGGGACUCUUAAAUGUGAGACGAGUGUAGCCAUAUGAUGGAACCUGACACCUUUGCGCAGAGCGCGGAGAUCAGGUUAGUAACAAGCAUCGCAACAGAACAUCUCCCAAUCGCAUUCCGCAUACUGAAAUCUAAUCCGAGGACAUCAGGAUGUGUGACAUAAUCCCCAAGACAUCUGAAAACUGCGCUCCUCCGAACGGGGCUCCAGGGGUGUUUGGAGAGAUAUGUGGACCUCCGUUACUCACUGUUUGCUCUUGCAGGGGUAUAUGAAAGAGGGGCGGUCACCAAAUGCCCCAAACGUCAGAGCGCACUUAACUAUAAAUCUCCCCAAACUGCCUUCUGCGCCCGGUGCGGUGUUAUGCGCAGACAUCUGUCCUGCUUCAGACCAGUGUGAUGACUACGCGUUUGGAAACUCUUCGAGCUACAUAGACACUUUCUGACGUGGAGAAAAUGGAGAAUAAAUACCCCGGUCUGUGUUGUUUACCAUGUCAAGAUACUGUCAGAUGUUGGCGAUUAUGAACAUUUAACCAGUUCUGGAUAUAACGGCGCUUUAACAGUUUUAUCAAGGGGCAGACACGAGCUUCUUGCACUCUGGGAAACAGAUAUUGUGCGCCUUUUUUGCGCCUCGCGUAUGCGCGGGAGCCGCUGAUGUCUUUAUUUGACUCCUUUCAGUCGGAGAUGGUGGAACUCGCUCGGAUUUCCAAGGUGGAAACGUAGCAUCCAAUUAAUCAGCGACUGCAACUGUACCCCGUGCGGCGCAGUGACACUUGGUCCGCUCUCACCAACACCUACCUUUGGACUCCAAAGUGUGGAAAGAGGCAUGGUUUGCUUGGUGCGCUGGGUCGGAGUAAGAAAAACACACCUGGUGCAGUAGGCUAUUUCAGCUUUUAUUCUAUCAGGACACAAGCCGAAUUUUAACUCGUUUUUAAGGACAUUUUCGGAUCGUGGCUGUUAAGCGGACUGUGCUUGGAACGCUAAAUGAGUCGCGUUUUGGAUUUUAACACGAACAGCCAAGUGAGUUUCAGGUCUGCAUGGGCCAUAUUUGAGCUUUCUUCAUAGGAACUGAGUCUAAGAUGAAGUUAUGGGAUGUUUUGGCCACGUGUUUGUUGCUCCUGAGCUCUGUUGCUACAAGGCCUCUCUACCAAAACACUCAACCAGCCAAGAGGACUUAUUUCCCCAGCAGCUACAGUGAUUCUGUGUCCCUGUCUGUGGAGGACGAAGAGCCGCCAGUGUUCCAGCGUGAAGACCACAACCUGCAGGAGAUCUCUAUGGAGGGUCAAUAUGACAUCACGGGUCCCUAUCCAGAGCAGUUUGAUGAUGUAAUGGAUUUUAUUGAAGCUACCAUUGGCAGACUCCGAAGAUCGUCGGAGCCCAGCGGGGAAUCCAGGGGACGGAGGGAGCAAAGACAGAGGGGAGCAGCAAACACAGGAGGUGCGAGAGGUGAGAGGAGAGGACAUGGCGACAGGAGGCGGGGUCGGGGGCGAGGUGGAAGCCGAGGCGGGAAAGGAGGGCGAGGCGAGAAGGGGAGGGAGGGGAUAUCGGUGCAGACUCGAGGCUGCUUGCUUAAGGAGGUCCAUCUUAAUGUGACGGACUUGGGGCUGGGCUACCAGACUAAAGAGGAGCUGAUCUUCCGGUACUGCAGCGGCCCUUGCGUAGAGGCGGAGACCAACUAUGACAAGAUCCUCAACAACCUCACACACAACAAGAAGCUGGACAAGGACACGCCCUCUCGCACCUGCUGUCGACCAAUCGCUUUCGAUGAUGACUUAUCUUUCUUGGACGACAAUGUGGUGUAUCACACGCUGAAGAAGCAUUCUGCCAGGAAGUGUGGCUGUGUCUGAGGAAGUCACAUGGAUGUGACAAAAUGACCAGCAUCAGUGAACUAAGGAUCACCUUUACAAGCUGGUGCUGCAAAGAGAGGGAUCACUUUUGGAAAUGGGCAUACAAGGUCGAAGAGGGAGUGUAUUGUCUCUUUUUUUCUGUAGGGGUCAAAGGAGACACAGGUGAGUAUAUAAAAGUCACCUGAAAGACAAUGGAACAGCCGUUAAAGAAGCAAACUGUACAUUUAACUUACAGUCCACACUCAGUCCUUCAGAACCCCUGACCAGUAUUUGACGGUUCAUGCAGACACGUGCAGAAAUGUGUAGAGGCGUGUACCAAUUUUCCGGAAGAGACAACACUUUUACACUACACAGGAUUUGCUAACUGUGCUGUCUAAAAAGGUGAGAGUGAAGAAAACAUCUGACUAAGUUGGCUUGUUUUCCUAGAAGAAUUCAUUUUUUCCAUAGCUGGCUCCUAACACUCCAAAUGAACGUGGGAGAUUUAAGGAGUAUAUUCAGCUGCAGUCUAAAUCACUUCAACUGCAUAGUCUGGAUGAUGACACAUACAUUCAGAGCCAAGAGAUGAUAAAUACCACACCGGAGUUAAGCAAAGACUUUUGGUGCAACACAUCUACAUAAAAUCCAUAUAUACAUACAUAUAUAUAUAUAUAUAUAUACACACGUGUGUGUAAGAGGUAUAUUUAUUAAGAUGGAAUUAACUUAUUGUUAUUUAUUUCAGUCCAUUUUAUGAAAGAAAUUGUUUUUCUUAUUUAUUUAAAAGCUUUGUUUGUCCUGGAUGGUGCCAAAGUGGAGCAUUUUUCUCAAGCAAAAUCUAAAAAGGUGAUCCAGAACUGCUAAACACUCAUCCACACAUGCAAUUUUUACAUUGCUUAUUUGCGUCAAUUUGAUUCCAGGGUUCCUUAAUUCAUGAGUCCAGAACAUCAUUGUUAGCUAUCAAGUUAUGGGAGGGUGGGAAGAGACACAGAGGGGACCAAUAAAAGAUUCUAGAUUUAAUUGAUCUGUUGUUUUGGAGUUGGGGGGGGUUCACCUCAUUUUCCCUACUGUGACCACGCUACAGAGGGACUUUUGUUGCCCUUUCCUCAGAACACCAGGGUAUAGGCUCCUGAUCAAACGAACACAUCAUAUAUACAUACAUACAUACAUACUGUAUUGUUUACAAGAAGACAAAUGACUCUUUGCUGCUGUUUAUUUUCAAGGCAAUUUUCAAAUGAAUCAUCUAGAAAAGAUUUGUCACUCCAAACAGGAGCUGUCGCAUCUUUUAAUUGAAUUCUGAAAACAACACGAGGAUUGUGGUCUCUCUGAGGAUCUGUAGGUGCCUUUGAGGAUCCAUACUUUUGAGUCACAGAGUACAGAAGCUGCUAGAUUGCCUGCCUAUCAACGUCCGUUACCCAAAACCUCACUCUGGCCUUGCACCAAGUCUGAGCAAAGGCUUUGCAGUGGUUACUGUCCGAGUAGGCUUUAAAGUUCACAGGACUGCCUGUGUUUCUGUCUCGACUGUGACAGACAGGUCUUACUCCGUGAAAGAGGAUUUGAAAGUGAUCCUCUAACAUGAGUCUUAACCAAAUAUUCCUGUUGGCAAAAGCAUUUUGAUGAAGGCAGUUUAAGGAAGAUCCAGCUACUGUAGCGGCUGUCAUCGUCAGCCGAUGUAAAUAUCUCAAGACUAGACGUUUUGACAAAAGAAUAUGUUUUGGAAUUACAGAGGGAAGACAAUGGGUAGGCUCAGCAUGCUUUCCACAUGCAAUAACUUGCUCAGCCAAGUUUAUUCCCAAACUGUACAGAAAUAUACAUCCAGGAAAACAGGAGGCUCCUUAAAAGCACGUUGCUGUGUCCAUCAAGACCCUGCAAGGGGAUCGUUUAAAGUGGAACAAAGAGAGCCCUCGGGUAGGUCUUGAUGUUAGCACGGAUUAGGGACCAAGGUAUCUGUGCCCACCCAGCAGCAAGCAAGCCAGCUUUACUGUGUAAUCCCCCUGCACACAGAACAAAUCCACUGCAUCAAGCUGAAUUUAGGCCAAACACUACACAGAGACGAAAAAAGCUCUAGCUUUUAUCACAGCAUACCUCAUCAAUUGGAUCAUCUUCCCCUUUAACAACUGAUUUGUGCGUAAGCCUUUCCAGAUGAGAAUGUGCAGUUAGGAGACUUCCCAGAAGCCUCAGAGCGUCCCGCUACUCUUCGAUACCAUACAUUAAAGCGUGUAAACUGUGACCACUAGCCCUCUCAUCUUCGUGGCUGUUUGCUCUACUGUUCUUUGGUGAUUAGUCCUCUGGUUUUGAUGCAAGGGUGAACAAGCAAAAGGUAAAGAUGCGAAGAAAUCCUCAGUGUUUUAAUAUUUGAAGAAAGGAUUGGAUUUGUUAUUGUGUGAACACCUCUGUGGGAAAACCUGUCAUGUCGUCUCACUUGUUUUCGUGUUACAGAACCAAAGCUCUUGGCAAACUUUAUUUUUGUACAAUAUUCAUUUUAUAACUUUUUACAGAAUUAAACUUGUUUCUAUCAAAUGA